GAAAAAAUGCUCUGGAGCCAAAAGUGAGGUGGCCAUGAUUGGAGGGAGAAACAUUGGAACCUUAGUUGGAAUUUUCACAAUGACAGAUUUCCAGCAUCAGGCAUGGGAAACAAUCAGAGGGCUAUCAUCCUUGAGUUCCUUUUCUCAUAACAAAUAUAACUUAUCCAAUGGCACUUCAAUUCUGAACCUCUCUAAAGCUGAACAUCACUCAUGUUUAUACUGGCAUCCAGAAGCUGAGAAAAGCAUUUGUUGUGGAAACAUCAUAUAUCAAAAGCAACGUGGGUUGGAGGAGGCUUCAUCAAUGGAAUUGCUGAAAUAGUUUAUCUGCCGCAUCGUGGUCUAAGCUGGGCACAGGCACCCAUAACUUAUUGUUUGAAUCUUAUUUUAGGUGGCCUUUUCUUUGCAAAACCAAUGAGGACCAAUCAAUACGUCACCAUGAUGGACCCACUGCAGAUUAAAUUUGGUAAAGUUAUGAGUAGCCUCCUUUUGAUCCCAGCUAUAUUAGGAGAUAUUUUCUGGUCAGCUGCUAUUCUUGCAGCAUUAGGUGCUACAAUGACUGUAAUUUUGGAUAUUGAAACCUAUUUGACAAUCCUCAUAUCAGCUUGUGUAGUUAUAAUAUACACAUUAUUGGGUGGUCUCUACUCUGUGGCAUAUACAGAUGUAAUGCAAAUGAUUUUUAUCAUCAUCAGUCUAUGGCUUUGUGUGCCGUUCACCAUUAAAAAUCCAGCAGUUGUAGACAUCAAAUAUACAAUGGUAAAUGAACAUUACCAGAGCCCGUGGAUUGGUAAAAUAGAAGUGAAGCAGAUUGGCCGAUGGAUCGAUGAUUUACUUUAUAUGAGUCUAGGAGGCAUUCCUUGGCAAGUGUAUUUUCAGAGAGUUCUUGCUGCUUCAUCAGUUUCUCAAGCACAAAAAACUUCUUAUGUUGCUGGUGUUCUCUGCUUCAUUUUAUCUUUACCUUCCAUCAUUAUUGGUGCCGUUGCAGUUUCUACAGAUUGGAAUCAGACAAGCUAUGGUUUGCCAACUCCAAAUGAAAGACAGGAAGCUAGCAUGAUAUUACCAAUUGUCCUUCAAUAUCUGUGCCCUUUUUACAUUUCCAUAUUGGGAAUUGGUGCCAUUGCAGCAGCAGUUAUGUCAUCAGCAGAUUCAUCACUUUUAUCAGCAAGUUCAAUGUUUGCACGUAAUAUUUACAAGACUAUUAUUAGGAAAAAGGCUGCUGAGAAGGAGGUGAUAUGGGUUAUGCGAACCGCAGUGGUUCUAUUUGGAGCUGCAGCUACAACAUUGGCUCUUCUAACAAACUCGAUUUAUGGUCUAUGGUUCCUGAGUUCAGAAUUAGUGUAUGCCAUAUUGUUUCCACAAUUUGUCUGCGUCCUCUUCAUUCCAAACACAAAUACAUAUGGAUCAGCUGCAGGAUAUUUUGUUGGGUUAACCUUGAGACUAUUAGCUGGCGAGCCAUUCCUUCAAAUUCCACCUCUAAUUCAAUAUCCAGGCAUUUCCUUUGAGAAUGGCACCUAUCAGCAACUCUUUCCAUUUAAAACUCUCACAAUGUUGCUGUCCUUAACUUCAACUAUCAUGUUCUCACAUCUGGCCUCAUUUGUAUUUAGGAGAAAGCUUCUACCUAUAAAAUAUGAUAUUUUUAAAAUUAUUGAUAAAAUUCAGGAAUUGCCUACAACAUCAGAAGAGCAGAUUACUUUGAGAUUGCAACAAUCAUGAACUGGAGUAUGACAAGAACCACAUGUGACAAUUGCUAUUUUAAUGUUCAUAAGUUCUUUAAAUCAUCAUUUUCAGUAAAACUGUUGAGAAUUUAUAAUGUGCCUCUCUUAGUCACUUGAGUGGCUUCCAAUCCCCAUUGUGUGGAAACAGGAUUUCAGAUGCUCUUCCAUUGAAGUUAUGAUGAAAAGAUAGAAGCUGAAGAAAUUGACAUUUUUUUCAGAUAUUUACAAUAACUACAACCACUUUAUAUUGAAAUAUGAUUUUAAAAAUUGUUAUUAUAGAGAGACAGAGGUUUUUGUCUCUAGCCAUGUACAAAUACUGGAUCAUUGACCUUCUGAUCAGAAUAUAAGGUGGAGAUCUAUAUUACUUUGGGAAUUAGAGGGUAUUAACUUCUGCUUGUCCUGCAUACUAUUUCAAAAUAUUCAUGUUAAACCGAGCAUAGAUUUUCUAACCCAUAAUAAUUCAAGUCACAUAAGCAUCAGUUGUAAACAUAUGGAACUAAUUCUGACUUCAUUAAGAAACAAUUGGAACAGAUUUAGACUGUAUUCAUGGAUACAAAAGUCAAAAUGACCCCAAACGUAUUAAGGAAAUGUGUAAAAAGAUUCACUGGACAGUAUUGAUUAUACUCCUUAUUUAUUUUAAAUUGUCACUUCAGAAUUUUUCCUCUCUGUCAAAUCAAUGGGUUUCUCAGCAGAAAUCUCCUUAAUUGAAUUGUUUACAAGGAAGAAUGUCAGAUAAAGCAGACAGCACCAUGUGUGUUCCAUAUUCUCCCAACAACACACUCACAUGCAUAUAUAAAUAGAGGAUAUUUUCAUCUCAACGGGCCCAUGACACUAGACCUGAAUAAGACAUAAAUAAUAUUGUUGCAAAGUCGAAAGCAUGUAAGGUCACUUUAGGCUAGAAAGUGCUUUUCUGAAUUUAAUGUAUAGCCACAGCUGCCAGCUAAAGGUUGGGCUGUUACAAAUGUAACAAUUGGCUGUUAAAUGGAUACCUGAGUUUUGGUUGUUGUUUUGACAACAGUUCAAACUUAACCAAUUAGUUUAAAUUAAUUCCAGGAUACUAGAAGCCAAUGGAAUCAGAAUUUUAUUGUUUUGAUGCCUGAAAACCAAUCUAAUGAUAAGAAUUUAAUGUGUCAUGGGCGGUAUACAAACCCAGUAUUUUGAAAAUUAGAGGGAGUGCAACUGCCGGUGAACAGCGAGCAACAGCUGUAGACCUAACUGCCCAUCUAACAUUUGCUCUCAAAGAAAUUAGAAGACACUCUAUCAAAGGUACCUUUGCAUGUAAAACAUACUCACAAUAAAAAAGAAAGAAGACGACACAGAGAUAUCAGCAACCAGACGAUUGAAGAGAGUGGAGAAGACUGAGACAGUGUGGUCUUGAAAUUAAGUGAAUUUAAUAAGUGUGUUAUUGGAACAGCUUUAUUUUAAUAGAGUUGGGGUCAGAUGGUGACUAGUUAAUAAAAAGGGAGUUUGGAUUUGUGAAUAGUUGUUGUUUAGUGUUCACUAUUAGAGUUAAGAAAAUAAAUUGUUAUCUUUCUUUAAAGAGU